AUGCUCGGUGCUCUCGGCGUCGAUCGCCGCCCGGCGACUAUCUCCACCAUCUCCGUGCCGGGCAUGAUGUGCGGCGGCUGCGCUUCGGCCGUCACCUCUGCCCUCUCGCUCCCUGGCGUGGUCGAUUGCAGCGUCGACCUCGCCGCAAAGCGGGUGUUCGUAAUGGCGCACGCAGACGGCCCAGCCUCCGAGGAGCUGAUCACCGCCCUGGAGGCGAGCGGAAAGGAGGCGACGCUCAUCUCGCGCACAGAGAUCUCGCCGCUGCGCGUGUGGGCCGGCCAGCACUGGCACCUCCUCGUUGUGGCGACUGCGCUCGUGCCGCCGUCUCUCGCCCUCAUGCUGCGCGGCGGCGGUGGUGGCGCCGCCAGCGGAACAGGCGGCGACGCGGCAGGCGGCUCGCUGCGUGCCUCGCUCAUCGACUGCACCAACAACCUCGUCGCUUCUCGCGCCGCACCGCUCGCGCAGAGGCUGCUGGAUCUGUUUCGCAAGGUCUCGGUGCCACUCAUGCGCCAGCUGCCCGUCGCCUCGUCCACCUCUCAAAGCCAAUAG